AUGUUGGUAUAUGUGGAUGAUCUGCUGGUGACUGGAACUAGCUUAGCACUCAUUCAACAAGUGAAGAAAGAUUUACAAGCCAGGUUUAAGAUGAAGGAUCUGGGAGAACUGAAGUUGUUCCUUAGUAUUGAGUUCUUGAGAUCUAAGGAAGGAAUUUUGAUGAAUCAAAGGAAGUAUGCACUUGAGCUAGUGUCUGAAAUGGGAUUAGCAGGAAGUAGAACAGCUGCUACUCCACUAGAGUUCCACCACAAGCUCUCCUAUGUAGAACUAGACAGGUUUUUGCACACUAAUGAGAACUCGGUUCAGGUACUUAGUCAAUACAUGCAUGCUCCUAAACAGUCUCACAUGGAUGCAACCAUAAGAGUAGUUAGAUACAUUAAGGGCACUGCAGGUCUUGGGUUGUUAGUGCCACCAGAUGGAAGCAUAGAAUUGUUAGCAUUUUGUGACUCGGAUUGGGGAGCACGUGUAGAAGUCAAGAAGUCAGUAGAAGGCUACAUGAUGAAGUUUGGGCAAGCUAUGGUGUCUUGGAAAUCAAAGAAACAAAGUACUAUUUCCAGAAGUUCUGCUGAAGCAGAAUUCAGGAGCAUGGCAUCAACUGUAGCUGAGAUCACUUGGUUAAUUGGUCUAUUUAAAGAGCUUGGAGUGAAGGUGAAUUUGCAUGUGCAACUGUUUUGCGAUAGCAAAGAUGCAAUUCAGAUUGCAGCUCACCCCAUUUUUCAUGAGAGGACAAAAUUUUUUGACAUUGAUUGUCAUUUUGUGAGAGAAAAAAAUUCAAGAUAG